ACUUCUUUCACAUUCUCCUUCAGUGAAGGGUGAGGAAAUUGAAAGCAGAGUAUGCACGUUUUAUUAGGAGAUUCAAAUGUCAUCCUACUGCAUUAGCCUCAAAAGUCCUAAAAUAUAAAGACAUCCAUCUGACAGAUCACUGAGGGGAGGACGUAUUUUUCUGUUUUAGAAUAGUUUCUGAUUAAACUUAUUAGCUCAAGAAGAAAAGAAGCUAGUUGUUUCUCACCCAGGAGUGGAUUUGUGGUUUGGCUUCACCAUGGCUUCCUGUCGUGCCUGGAACCUUAGGGUGCUGGUGGCUGUCGUGUGUGGGCUACUGACUGCCAUCAUUUUGGGACUGGGCAUCUGGAGAGUUGUGAUCAGGAUCCAAAGAGGAAAAUCUACUUCCUCAUCAAGCACCACUACAGAGUUCUGCAGGAAUGGUGGAACCUGGGAAAAUGGCAGAUGUAUUUGUACAGAAGAGUGGAAAGGAUUGAGAUGUACAAUUGCUAAUUUUUGUGAAAAUAGUACCUAUAUGGGUUUUACUUUUGCCAGAAUCCCAGUGGGCAGAUAUGGACCAUCCUUGCAAACAUGUGGCAAGAAUACUCCAAAUGCAGGCAAUCCAAUGGCAGUCCGGCUGUGCAAUCUCUCUCCAUAUGGAGAGAUAGAAUUACAAAAUGUGACAAUAGGAAAUUGCAAUGAAAAUCUGGAAACCCUGGAGGAGCAGGUAAAGGAUGUCACAGCACCACUUAAUAACAUUUCUUCUGGAGUCCAGAUUUUAACAUCUGAUGCCAAUAAAUUAACUGCUGAGAACAUCAGUAGUGCUACGCGAGUGGUUGGACAGAUCUUCAACACUUCCAGAAAUGCUUCACCUGAGGCAAAGAAAAUUGCCGUAGUAACAGUGAGUCAACUCCUAGAUGCCAGUGUGGAUGCUUUUCAAGGAGCUGCUGCUACUGCUAAUAAUGAUGCCCUUACAACGCUUAUUGAGCAAAUGGAGACUUAUUCCUUGUCUUUGGGUAAUCAAUCCGUGGUGGAACCUAACAUAGCAAUACAGUCAGCAAAUUUCUCUUCAGAAGGUGCUGUGGGGCCUUUAAAUGUUCGCUUCUCUGUGCAGAAAGGAACUAGCAGUUCUCUAAUUUCUGGUUCAACAGUUUUACAUACAGACGUGGAUGGCCUUAACCCAGAUGGACAGACUGAACUUCAGAUCUUGCUUAAUAUAACAAAAAGUAACAGCAAGGCAUGUGGCUUUGUAGUUUAUCAAAAUGACAAGCUUUUCCAAUCAAAAACUUUUACAGCUAAAUCAAAUUUUAGUCAAAAAAUUAUCUCAAGCAAAACUGAUGAAAAUGAGGAAGAUCAGAGUGCUUCUGUUGACAUGGUCUUUAGUCCAAGGUACAACCAACAAGAAUUUCAACUCUAUUCCUAUGCCUGCGUCUAUUGGAAUUUGUCAACAAGGGACUGGGACACGUAUGGCUGUCAAAAAGACAAGGGCACUGAUGGAUUUCUGCGCUGCCGCUGCAACCAUACUACUAAUUUUGCUGUAUUAAUGACUUUCAAAAAGGAUUAUCAGUAUCCCAAAUCACUCGACAUAUUAUCCAACGUUGGAUGUGCACUGUCUAUUACUGGUCUGGCUCUCACAAUUAUAUUUCAGAUUGUCACCAGGAAAGGCAGAAAAACCUCAGCAACCUGGGUUUUGGUCAAUCUGUGCAUAUCAAUGUUGAUUUUCAACCUCCUCUUUGUGUUUGGAAUUGAAAACUCCAAUAAGAACUUGCAGACAAGUGAUGGUGACAUCAAUGAUAUUGACUUAGACAAUAAUGACGUACCCCAGACAGACACCAUUAACAUCCCGAAUCCCAUGUGCACUGCGAUUGCCGCCUUACUGCACUAUUUUCUGUUAGUGACAUUUACCUGGAAUGCACUCUAUGCUGUACAGCUCUAUUUCCGUCUAAUAAGGACCAUGAAGCCUCUUCCUCAGCAUUUCAUUCUUUUCAUCUCAUUAAUUGGAUGGGGAGUCCCAGCUAUAGUAGUGGCUAUUACAGUAGGAGUUAUUUAUUCUCAGAAUGGAAAGAAUCCACAAUGGGAGUUAGACUACAGGCAAGAGAAAAUCUGCUGGCUGGCAAUUCCAGAACCCAAUGGUGUUACAAAAAGUCCACUGUUGUGGUCAUUCAUCGUACCUGUAACCAUUAUCCUCAUCAGCAAUGUUGCUAUAUUUAUUAUAAUCUCGAUCAACGUACUGUGGAAGAAUAACCAGAAGCUGACAAGCACAAAAAAAGUUUCAUCCAUGAAGAAGAUUGUUAACACGUUAUCUGUUGCAGUUGUUUUUGGAAUUACCUGGAUUCUGGCAUACCUCAUGCUAGUUAAUGAUGAUAGCAUCAGGAUCAUCUUCAGCUACAUUUUCUGCCUUUUCAACACUACACAGGGAUUGCAAAUUUUUAUCAUGUACACUGUUAAAACAAAAAUCUUCCAGAGUGAAGCUUCCAAAGUGUUGACAUCGCUAUCGUCUAUUGGGAGAAGUAAGUUAUUGUCUUCAGUGACUCGGCCGAGGCUGCGUGUAAGGCCGAGGCUGCGUGUAAGGAUGUAUAAAUUCCUCAGGUCAUUGCCAACUGUACAAGAACACUUUAGGCUACUGGAAACCUCUCCGAGUAUUGAGGAAAUCACACUCUCUGAAAAUGACAAAGCAAAGGAAAGUAUGUAGAUGGUAAAACUUACCUGUUGUGGUCUUUUUAAUCAACUUGUUUGAGUUUUAUCUGUUUCUCUCCUUUAUUUCCCAGUCAUCUCAGAAAGUCUUCCUCAACGUAUUUUGCUUAGGAUUAAGAAUUAGAUAAAACCUGUUGUUUAUUAUUAUUCAGGAUAAUGCACUUGGUAGUUUUUCUAUUUUUCAAUAGAUUUGUACUUGAAUGAGGUGAAGAAUUUCACACAACAUACAAGAGUACCAUUGUUCCUUAUAUCGUUAAAUCUUUGUGACACACUUUGACAAAAAUGUAGAACCUAUAACAAAUUCUUUUACAAGUUACUGAAAAGGACACAAAGAGAAAAAUUUACCUUCCAGAACAAAAUGAUUCCUGAUGAACAGUGUGUGGGGAUUUGCUUGUAUGUAUUAAACUUUUGACCUCUGAAUAUUUUAGAGUUGUAUGUGCUUGUACUUUUAUUUCCAGUGAAGAAUUUGGCACCAA